AUGAAACAUUUAUGUUCUGACCAUGGUAAGGAGUUUGAAAACUCCAAGUUUGAUGAUUUUUGUAGCAUUGAGGGACUAGAUCACAAGUUCUCUACUCCUAGGAUCCCACAACAAAAUGGCAUGGUAGAAAGGAAAAAUCGUACUCUGAAGGACAUGGCUAGAACAAUGUUGAUAGCCAGCAAUCUUCCAAAGAACUUUUUGGCAAAGGCAGAACCAUGUUAUGAAAACGAUUUUGAAAUUGGAUUGACUCGUACUGAAGAGUCAGCCAACUUUGAUGAGGAACUAACACCUGCAGGUACUGAUAAGAAGCAUAUUUCUAAGAACGAGAUGAAUGUUCCUGAUUCUAUUCCUCAGGAGGAACAAGCAGAUGAAGGAACACAAGUAGAAGAACAACCUGAAGUUGAAGCAACUGAAGAACCUCAAGUUGAAGGAACAGGAACAAUGAGUUUUGAAUCAAGGCCAUGGAAAUCCCAGAAAUCCCAUUCGAAGAAGCUGGAUGAGUAUGGAACUGUCACACGAAAUAAAGCCAGACUUGUAGCUAAAGGGUACAACCAACAUGAAGACGUCUAUGUGGAACAACCUCCUGGAUUUGAAAAUCCGGAGUUACCAAAUCAAGUCUAUAAGCUUGAUAAAGCUCUCUAUGGGCUGAAACAAGCUCCUAAAUCUUGGUACGAAAGGUUGUCAAAAUUUUUGCUUUCACAUGAUUUCAUAAGAGAUAAAGUUGAUAGGACCUUGUUCCUUCGAUCAAACGGAACAGACAUAUUAGUAAUCCAGAUUUAUGUUAAUGAUAUCAUUUUCGGUGCUACUAACGAUCUUCUUUACAAGGAAUUUGCUAAUCCUAUGAGCAGUGAGUUCGAAAUGAGUAUGAUGGGAGAGUUGAACUUCUUUUUGGGAUUGCAAAUUAAGCAAACCUAA